GUCUCCUCCCAUAAUUAAGUUAGCGCGCUGCGCUUCAGGUCCAUGUUGGCGGGGGCAAGCGAGGGAGUUUCCUUCAGUCGGUGGAGAAGCAGCUUCGCUCUCCCUCCUCUCUCCUCCGGUUGUUUCUGCGACUCAUCCCUCGCCGGCGCCCAGCGACCUGCACUCACACACACACACACACACACACACACACACACACACACAGACGGGCUGACUCAAGACGAGCCGGGAGGGCAGGCAGCGGCGACAACAGCAGCACCACCUGCUUCGCCCUCCGCCACCACCAGCAGCAGCAGCAGCAGCAGCAGCCUCCGUCCGUCCCUCCGGCCCGGGACGCCGCCUCCGCUGCCACCAUGUGCGACUGCUUCCACCUGGCGUUCCCCAACUGGCAGGCCGCCUCCUCAGGGACGGGAGCCGGUCGAAGGCUGAGGGCACCAGAGGACGACUCGACAUGUGACGAGCCAUCUCAGUUCACGGAGAGACCGCGGCCUCAAGGAUCGUCCCCCGUCGAGGAGUACCCCGAAACCGAAAAAUACAGUGACAGUGACAAAGAGUGUGAAGCGGAGCAUGACCCGCACCACAAGAGAGGGAGUGGAAAGAAGACUAAGAAGUCUGGGCUCGGGUCCAUGUUUGAAAAGCGUUCAACUUCGAAGAUGAGCAAACUGAAGGAAGAUCACUGUCCCGAAUCUGGAGUGAUAGUGAAAACGGCCAAAGGCGGAUGUGCAGAAGGUCUGGUCUAUGGCGGAGGGGGCAAAGAGGGAAUCUUCAUUAAGGAGGUGGUACCGGAGUCACCUGCCUCAAAAAGUCUAGAACUGAAAGAAGGUGAUCAGCUCCUGAGCGCCACUGUGUACUUUGACAACGUGUCGUACGAGGACGCCAUUCAGAUUCUGGAGCACUCUCAGGCGUACAAAGUGAAGCUCUGCCUGAAGCGCAAACCAGACGUCACAGAGACUGAAUCAGCCAUCGAAUCCGACGUCAUCCCUGAGGAAGACGUCUACGCUCCAGAAAUGAGGGAGCAAGGGAAAACCAAAAGGCGUGCCGAAGCCCGCAUUUCAUGGCCUAAGUUUCCCUCUUUUGGAAAAGGACGCAAGUCCCGUUUCACACGGUCGCACAGCUCCUCCGAGGCCGACGAGCAGAAGAAGCUCGAGCUCAGUCCCACUACAAGUGACACAGAGUCCCCUAUCAAAUCCCAGGAUGCUCUAAAAGGCAAGAAGAAGCAUAAAAUAAAGCUUUCUGGUCUAAAAAAGAGAGGCAGAGUCAGUUCAUCGGAAGACCAGGACACUGACGCACCGGCAUCUGCUCAGAUGGCUUCGCCUGAGUGCCUUGAAAGCCCCUCAGGAGAAACACCUCAAGUAUACGUGACAGAGGACCCGAAUGAAGUGGAGGACGUGAGACUUGAUCAAGAACUGACUGAAGUUCAAAGUGUUUCACACAAGGUGGAACUCAUCACUAUAGCUAGCUCUUGGAAAACCGAAGAUCUAACCAUGGCUCUGACAGGUCAAGAAGAUUCCUCUGGUAUCAAGUCCCCCGAUGGGAAGAAAAAUAAGAGAGAACUGUCUCAAUUGAAAAUGAAGAUUUUGGGGAAGGAUAAAUCGCACAAGAAAGAUACAAAAGCAAAAUCCUCUCCAAAAAGAUUGAGGACGCUCGGGGGAAGUGUUGAAAAAGCAGACAAACCUGAAAUCGGAAAAUCGGAAUCACACACAAAACUACUGGGAAAUCAACUUGAUGCCAACAACCAAGUGAUUAAAAUGAGCGUAUCACAGGGGGAACUUGAGAUAUCUAACGUUGCAUUAAUACAAAAAUCUCCGCAGAAAGGCUCAGAGAAAACAAAGAAAGGUAAGGAUGUUAAACCGAAACAGGAAACAAAGAAAGAUCCAACAUUCAAACUGCCUAAAAUAGGCUUCCGUGACAUCGCCAGUGAGGAAACCAUCACAAAAGUGAAUGCAGAAGAUCAAGAAGAUCCUUAUCAGCAACUGACAAAAAGGAUUCCCAGAACAAAACUUCCCAAACGUGAAGACAUUGAGAUUCCAGGCAUGGAGGACAUGUCCAAGAGGACCAGACCCAAAAAAAUGAAAGAGCCUAAAACAGUUUUUACUGGACAUCAUGAGGACAUUCAAGCUGAAAGUGUACAAAUGUUAAUUGAUGUCGACCGAGUGAAAGAGGCAGUUUCAAAAUUGCCUGGAUUUAAGCUACCAAAGGUUGACACUAGUGGAAUGCCUAUUCCUGAAGAAAUUACUGUCAUCGACGCAAAUGCACAAAGAAUAUCUGUGAAAACACCCACUAAAACAAAACACGACGCACACUUGAGUAAGUUUGAAGUUACUGGCUCUCCAGACUUCUCCAAGACUACAAUGAAAUUACCAAAGAUCAGACCUGAUUAUUUAGCCUCGGAGGAAAUUUUAACCGUGACCCAGGUGGAUUCAAAGAAGCCUGGAAAGGAAUACAAAGCCGAGCCAAACAGAAAAAGUGACGAAGAGGUUUAUAAAAGAGAACAUAUCAUAAUACCUGGAAAAGAAACCGCUCAAGAAAAAGCCAUCCUUCAGACACAAGAAACACAAGGCCAAGAAGGCAUCAAGUCUGAAUACACAUCAGCAGCAACAUUCAAAACAAAGAGGGAAAUUGUAACAAUGCCCAGCUUUGGAAUUACAAAACCAGACAUUAAGAUCCCUGACGUUGGAAUUUACUUACCAAAACAAAAUAUCUCUGAGCAAAAAGUGGACAACAUAAUGGGAGAAAGAACUAUAUUCCUCCAAGGGGAAGAAACUCCAAAGACAGAAACAAGAAAUGAGAUUGAAGGAGUCCCAUUGGAUGUCAAAAUACCUGAAAUGGAAGGAAUAGAAUACAUUGAUUCAGUCGAAGGUUCACCAGUCAUAAAGGAUGGCGGGGUUAAGCUUUCAGGUUUCGGUGUUAAUCUUAAUGCUCACAUCCCCUGUCCAGAUGUCGGAGGAGAAGUAAAAGUUGAUGAAGCCAGCAAGGAGACAUUCAAACUACCAGAAAUUGAAGAAGGAACUCCGGACAUCAGCGUAAAUGUGCCACAUGCAAAUGAGGACAUAAACAUUGAUGAGGCUGAGUUAAAAACACUUAAAAUGGGGGGGAAAAGUGUUGAAUUCGAUCUUCCAAAUCUCUGCAUCUCCAUGCCAGAGGUGAAGGAACCUAAAAUUGACUCAAGUCUAUCAAAAAAAGACGUUGAUUUCACAAAGAAUCUGGGUAUUACAGUUGAGGGCAAAACCCCAGAGAUUUAUGAACAGGAUAUUAAAAUAUCGACAUCAAAAUUUAGGAAGCCAACAGUUGAAGUUAGUACUCCAAACAUGUUUGUGGAAGUAUCUGACACGAACAAAGAUGUCAAGAUUGACAGAGCUGACAUUGACAGGCCUGCAGUUAACAUUGAAUCACCUAGUGUUGAGAUUGAGGGUCAAUCAAUAGAUUCGAAAGCAAUAGGACCAGAUCAGGAGGGUAAGGGAAGCAAGUUUAAAAUGCCACAUCUCAGGUUCUCUAUGCCUAAAGUAAUAGGGCCUCAAAUUAAUUUAAGUUCAACAAAGAAAGAUGUAGAUGUCACACUAUCAGAAACCAGUGCUGAAAUCAAACUCCCAAAAUCCCCUCAAAUUGAUGCAGGUCAUGGAAAAGAAGUCUUGAUUCCGGAGAUGAAAGUGCAAGUUAAAAAGUCAGAUUUAGAAAUGAAGCCUUUGCAAAGUGAUGUUGAAAUUGACAUGCAAGGAAGCAAGUUUAAAAUGCCAAAGUUGGGAAUGUCAAUGCCAAAAGUUCAAGGGCCUGAAAUUACCUUUGGCUUAUCGAGGAAAGAUUUAGAUGUCAUGCCGGCAGAACCCAAAAUUGAAGUAAAAGUCCCUGAAGUUGAAAUGAAAGAACCCACUGCUAAGGUAGAAAUUAAAUCUCCUGAAAAAAGUACAGAAAUAUCACCAUCACAAUUUAAGAUGCCGAUGUUCAAACUACCAAAAAUUGCAGUUGGAACGCCAAACCUUUCUGUAGAAGUACCUGAAAUGGAUAAAUAUGUCAAAAUUGAUGGAGCUGCUAUGGAUAUCCCUGAAGAAGGGUCUGCAAUUAACAUUGCAGCACCCAGCAUUGACAUUGAGGGCCCUUCAAUGGAUAUGAAGACUACGGGAGCUGAACAAGAGGACAUAGGAAGCAAGAAUAAAAUGCCUCAUCUUGGUUUUUCCAUGCCAAAAGUGAGGGGACAAAAAAUUGAUUCAAGCCUACCAGAGAAAGACAACGUUGAUGCAAAGGUUGAACUUGGAAAAGUAGAUGUUUCGAUUCCAGAGGCUAAGAUGGACAUUAUAAGGCCUGACAUGGAAAUGCACUUUGUGCAGACUGAUGAUGAACUUGAUGGACGAGAAGAAAGAUUAAAAAUACCAAAGUUUGGAAUCAAAAUGCCAAAAGUAAAAGGGCCAGAAUUUGACUCGAGCUCAUCAAAGAAAGACAUGAAUGUCCCUCACCAACCGAUAACAGUUGGAGUCAAACAUCCAGAAGCCCCUAAAAUUCAUGCCAGUCUUGGAAAAGCAGAAGUCUUGAUACAAGGGGCUAAGAUGGAGGAUAAAAAUCCCGAAAUGGAAAUCAAUCCUUUGCAGACCGGCAGUGAACUUGAAGGACACAGAGGCAAGUUCCAAAUGCCAAAGUUUGGAAUCACAAAAGUAAAAGGACCUGAAAUUGACUUAAGUUUCUCAAAGAAAUACGUAGAUGUGACACUACCACAGGCUGAAUCUGAGGUUAAACUCCCGGAAGCUCCUAAAAUUGCUGUUGAUAUGAAACCAGCAGAGUGUGAAGCAGAAAUAGAUGGACAAGGAGGCAAGUUCAAAAUGCCAAGGUUUGGAAUCUCAAUGCCAGGAAUAAAAGGACCUAAAAUUGAUUUAAGCUCAUCAAAAAAAGAUGUAGACAUCUCAUUACCAGAAGCCAAAGGUAAAGUCAAUCUCCCUCAUGUGGAACUCCAAGAAAUGUCUACUGAAGUGGAAAUCAAAGCUCCUGGGACUGAAACUCAAACAAGCAGUGUGAAAGAAUCAACAUCAAAAUUUAAAUUGCCCACAUUCAAAUUUCCUAAAUUUGGAGCUGCUUCUAAUUUAAGCACUGAAAUACCUGAAAUAGACAAAGAAAUCACAAUUGAUGGCGCUGAGCUUGACUUUCCUGCACCACGCACAGAUGUUGAUGAACCAGGAGUUAAGGCAGAGGUCCAUCUGCCAAAGCUUCACGUCAAAAUACCCUCAGCUGGCGUUGUGAUAGAACAGCCAUGUGUUGAGGUAGAUGCAAAACAGAAAAAAAACAGGUUUUCACUGCGCGGAUUUUCUUUUUCAAAAACAAGUGUCAAAGCCCCAGAAGUUGACGCCAAUCUUCAGGAUUUCAAUGCUCCAAUCCCAGAGGGAAAUGUGGAAGUGAACAGAGAGGAAUUGGAACUACCAGAGAAAGAACCUCAAGUGGAAAUCAAAGCUCCUAAGCUCAAGAUUGAAACAAAGGGUACUGAAGGUUCACCGUCAAAAUAUAAGAUGCCAACAUUGAAAUUACCUAAAUUUGGAUUUGGUUCACCAAGUGCCAUCAUCGAUGUGACCAACAAAGAGGUCAACAUUGAUAGAGCUGAAAUUGAAACCCCUGAUGAGGUUCUUGCAGUUGAAAUUGCAGCACCCAGUAUUGACAUUAAAGACCCAUCAAUAUAUUUUAAAACUACCGGAACUGAACUUGAUGGAAAAGAAAGCAAGUUUAAACUUCCAAGUCUCAGUUUUUCUGGGCCUCAAAUAAAACACCCUGACAUUGAUUUAAGCUUAUCAAAAAAAGAUGCAGAUGUGACUCUACCAGAAGCCAAAGCUGAUGUCAAACUCCCUCAUUUUCAGCUGAAAGGAACUUCUGCUAUAGGGGAAAUUGAACCUCCUGAGAUCAAAGAUGGGACAAAGGGUACAGAGGAAUCACCAUCCAAAUUUAAGAUGACAACAUACAAAUUACCAAAAUUUGGAGUUGGAAUUCCAAGUGCCACCAUUGAAGUGCCCGACAAAGAAGUCAUAAUCGAUGGAGCUGAUGUUAAAAUUCCUGAAAUUGACAUUGAGGCAUUCACCACUGAUAUUAAAGACCCAUCAAUUGAACUUGCAAAAGGUAGCAAGUUUGAACUUCCAGGUUUUGGUUUUUCUGGGCCUCAAAUCAAACAGCCUGACAUUGAUUUAAGUUUAUCAAUGAAAGAUGCAGAUGUAACUCUACCAGAAGCCAAAGGUGAUGUCAAACUUCCUGAUGUUGAACUAAAAGAAAUGUCUUCUGAAGUAGAAAUUAAAGCUCCUCAGAUCAAGAUUGGAAUAAAAGCUAGAGAUGGAUCACCAUCUAAAUUUAAGAUCCCGACAUUGCUUGACGUUGCAGCACCAGGCAUUGACAUUGACGACCCAUCAAUAGAAAUUGAGGGAAAAGGGAGCAAGUUCCAACUCCCAAGUCUCAGUUUUUCUGGGCCUCAAAUCAAACGGCCUGACAUUGAUUUAAGCCUAUCAAAGAAAAAUGUAGAUGUUACUCUACCAGACCCCGAAACGGAUGUCAAGUUACCUGACGUUGAACUGAAAGAAACGUCUGCUGAAGUAGAAAUAAAUGCUCCUGAGAUCAAGAUUGGGACGACGGGUACAGAUGGAUCACCAUCAAAAGUCAAGAUGCCAACAUUGAAAUUACCAAAAUUUGGAGUUGGAACUCCACGUGCCACCAUUGAAGUGCCUGAUCUGGAUGGAGACAUAAAUAUCGAUGGAGCUGACAUCAAAAUUCCCAAAGAGGUUCUUGCAGUUGAGGUUGCAGCACCCAGCAUUGACAUUGAAGACCCAUCAAUUGAACUUGAAGGAAAAGGGAGCAAGUUCAAACUCCCAAGUCUCAGUUUUUCUGGGCCUCAAAUCAAACGGCCUGACAUUGUUUUAAGCCUAUCAAAGAAAAAUGUAGAUGUGACUCUACCAGACCCCCAAGCUGAUGUCAAAGUACCAGAUGUUGAACUGAAAGAAACGUCUGCUGAAGUAGAAAUAAAUGCUCCUGAGAUCAAGAUUGGGACGACGGGUACAGAUGGAUCACCAUCAAAAUUCAAGAUGCCAACAUUCAAAUUACCAAAAUUUGGAUUUGGUACUCCAAGUGCCACCAUUGAUAUGCCUGACAAAGACGUCAAAAUCGAAGGAGCUGACAUAGAUAUUUCCAAACAGGUUCCUGGAAUUGACAUUGCAGCACCCACCAUUGACAUUAAAGACCCAUCAAUUGAACUUGAAGCAAAAGGAAGCAAGUUUAAACUUCCAGGUUUUGGUUUUUCUGGGCCUCAAACCAAACAGCCUGAAAUUGAUUUAAGUUUAUCAAAAAAAUAUGUAGAUGUGACUGUAACCGAAGCCAAAGGUGAUUUCAAACUGCCUGAUGUUGAGCUGAAAGAAAAUUCUGCUGAAGUGGAAAUUAAAGAUCCUGAGAUCAAGAUUGGAACAACGGGUACAGAUGGAUCACCAUCAAAAUUCAAGAUGCCAACAUUCAAAUUACCAAAAUUUGGAUUUGGUACUCCAAGUGCCACCAUUGAAAUGCCUGACAAAGACGUCAAAAACGAAAGAGCAGACAUAGAUAUUUCCAAACAGGUUCCUGAAAUUGACAUUGAAGCACCCACUAUUGACAUUAAAGACCCAUCAAUUGAUCUUGAAGCAAAAGGAAGCAAGUUUAAACUUCCAGGUUUUGGUUUUUCUGGGCCUCAAAUCAAACAGCCUGACAUUGAUUUAAGUUUAUCAAAAAAAGAUGUAGAUGUGACUAUACCAGAAGCCAAAGGUAAUGUCAAACUGCCUGAUGUUGAGCUGAAAGAAAAUUCUGCUGAAGUGGAAAUUAAAGCUCCUGAGAUCAAGAUUGUGACAAAGGGUGGAUCACCAUCAAAGUUUAAGAUGCCCACAUUCAAAUUACCAAAAUUUGGAGUUGGAACUCCACAUGCCACCAUAGAAGCUCCUGAUCUGGAUGAAGACAUCAAUGUCGAUGGAGCUGACGUCAUAAUUCCUGAAGAGGUUCUUGCAGUUGAGGUUGCAUCACCCAACAUUGGCAUUGACGACACAGCAAUUGAACUUGAUGGAAAAGGAAGAAAGUUCAAACUCCCAAGUCUCAGUUUUUCUGGGCCUCAAAUCAAACGACCUGAAAUUGAUUUAAGCCUAUCAAAGAAAAAUGUAGAUGUGACUCUACCAGACCCCCAAGCUGAUGUCAAACUACCAGAUGUUGAACUGAAAGAAACGUCUGCUGAAGUAGAAAUAAAUGCUCCUGAGAUCAAGAUUGGGACGACGGGUACAGAUGGAUCACCAUCAAAAUUCAAGAUGCCAACAUUCAAAUUACCAAAAUUUGGAGUUGGAACUCCACGUCCCACCAUAGAAGGUCCUGAUCUGGAUGGAGACAUAAAUAUCGAUGGAGCUGACAUUAAAAUUCCCAAAGAGGUUCUUGCAGUUGAGGUUGCAGCACCCAGCAUUGACAUUGAAGACCCAUCAAUUGAACUUGAAGGAAAAGGGAGCAAGUUCAAACUCCCAAGUCUCAGUUUUUCUGGGCCUCAAAUCAAACGGCCCGAAAUUGAUUUAAGCUCAUCAAAGAAAAAUGUAGAUGUGACUGUAUCAGACCCCCAAGCUGAUGUCAAACUACCAGAUGUUGAAAUGAAAGAAACGUCUGCUGAAGUAGAAAUAAAUGCUCCUGAGAUCAAGAUUAGGACGAGGGGUACAGAUGGAUCACCAUCAAAAUUCAAGAUGCCAACAUUCAAAUUACCAAAAUUUGGAUUUGGUACUCCAAGUGCCACCAUUGAAAUGCCUGACAAAGAUGUAAAAAUCGAAGGAGCAGACAUAGAUAUUUCCAAACAGGUUCCUGAAAUUGACAUUGCAGCACCCCACAUUGACAUUGAAGACCCAUCAAUUGAACAAGAAGUAAAAGGAAGCAAGUUCAGACUUCCAGGUUUUGGUUUUUCUGGGCCUCAAAUCAAACAGCCUGACAUUGAUUUAAGUUUAUCAAAAAAAGGUGUAGAUGUGACUGUACCAGAAGCCAAAGGUAAUGUCAAACUGCCUGAUGUUGAGAUGAAAGAAAAUUCUGCUGAAGUGGAAAUUAAAGCUCCUGAGAUCAAGAUUGUGACAAAGGGUGGAUCACCAUCAAAGUUUAAGAUGCCCACAUUCAAAUUACCAAAAUUUGGAGUUGGAACUCCACGUGCCACCAUAGAAGCUCCUGAUCUGGAUGAAGACAUCAAUGUCGAUGGAGCUGAUGUCAAAAUUCCUGAAGAGGUUCUUGCAGUUGAGGUUGCAUCACCCAGCAUUGGCAUUGAAGACACAGCAAUUGAACAUGAUGGAAAAGGAAGAAAGUUCAAACUCCCAAGUCUCAGUUUUUCUGGGCCUCAAAUGAAACGGCCUGACAUUGAUUUAAGUUUAUCAAUGAAAGAUGUAGAUGUAACUCUACCAGAAGCCAAAGGUGAUGUCAAACUACCUGAUGUUGAACUGAAAGAAACGCCUUCUGAAGUAGAAAUUAAAGCUCCUCAGAUCAAGAUUGGAACCAAAGCUACAGAUGGAUCACCAUCAAAAUUUAAGAUGCCGACAUUCAAAUUACCAAAUUUUGGAGUUGGAACUCCACGUGCCACCAUAGAAGCUCCUAAUCUGCAUGGAGACAUCAAUAUUGAUGGAGGUGAUGUCAAAAUUCCUGAAGAGGUUCUUGCAGACAUUAAAGAAGAUGGUGCUAAUUUAAAAUUACCAGAAGUAAAAGCUGAAGUAAUACCCCUUGUUGUUGAAAACAACGAGCCCUUAGGUUCUAUUUCAGUAUUAGAGGCAGAAAUGAUCGAGGGUGAUGCAAAGUUGAAAAAGACAGGCUGGACAAUGCCAAAGUUUUCCUUUUCAAAGACAAGCAUGAAGGGCCCUGAAGGUGAUGUCAACCUCGAUGCCCCAAAAGAUGAUGUUACACUACCAGCGGCCAAAAUGGAGGUACAUCUUCCAGAUAUUGAUAUCGAAGAAUCCUCUGGUAUUUCAAUAGAGGGGGCACCUGCUACUGAACUUGAUUCUAAAUUGAAAAAGUCAAGGUUUUCAUUGCCCAAAUUUUCAUUUUCAAAGCAAAGUGCAAAAGAGUUUGAAUUUGAUGUCAGUCUCCCAGUUACUGAUGUGGAAGUGAAACAACCUGAAGAGGAGCUUUCACCACCUGAAGGUGAUGCAGAAUUAGAGAGGCAGGAAAGCAAGUUUAAAAUGCCCAAGUUUGGCAUCUCAAUGCCAAAAGUAAAAGGACCGGAAAUUGAUUUGAGCUUAUUAAAUAAAGCUGUAGAUGUCACAUUACCCAAUGCCAAAGCUGAAGCUCAACUUCCAGAUGCCAGAAUAAAACAUGCAUCUGCUACAAUGGAAAUUAAAACUCCUGAGAUUGAAGCUCCAACUGGUAACGUGGAAGGAUCCCCGUCAAAACUUAAAAUGCCAAAAUUCACAUUGCCCAAAUUCGGAGAUGCUACUUCAAAGGUCAGUGUGGAUGUACCAGAUGUGGACAAAAAGAUCAAAAUUGGCGGAGGUACAGUGGAGGGCACAACACCUAACAUUGACGGCCUUUCUGUAGAUGUGAAAGCUGAAGGAAGUGAAGUGGGAGGGUCAGGAAGCAAGUUUAAAAUGCCAAAGUUUGGUAUCUCAAUGUCAAAAGUGAAAGGGCCUGAAAUUGAUUUAAGCCUAUUAAAGAAAGAUGUAGAUGUUACAUUACCAGAAGCAAAAGCUGAGGUCAAACUACCCAGUGUUGAAGUCAAAGAACCCGAAGCCUUCAUUUCCGCAUCAGAUUCCCCAACAGUUGAAGUAGAAACCAAGAUGAAACGAUCAAAUUGGACAUUCCCAACAUUUUCCUUUUCAAAGACAGGUGGUAAAAUCCCAGAUGAAGAUGUUGACCUUGAAAAACCCAAAGUUGAUGUUACAUCAACAGAGGCCAAAGCAGACGUCCCACAACCUUCAGGGGAGAUUUUAAUGGAAGAGCCAUCUGUUGCAGAACCUGAUGCAAACUUACAGAAAAAUAAAUUUUCUCUACCCAGAUUCUCUUUUUCAAAGUCAAGUGUCAAAGCACCCCAAGUCAGUGCAGAGCUUCCAUGUGUGGACAUUUCUCUUCCAGAGGGACAAGUGAUAGUAAAACAACCUGAAAUGCACAUCAAAGCUCCCGCGAUUGAAUCUGAACUUGAUGAGCAAGGAAGCAAGUUUAAAUUUCCAAAGUUUGGCAUUGCACUUCCAAAAGCAAAAGGACCUGGAGAAGAGUUGAAGACCUUUCAGGAAGAUGCAGUGAUCUCGCUGCCAGAAGUUAAAGCAGAGGUCAAAUUUCCUCAAACUGAAGUCAAAGUACCUUCAGCUACUGGGGAAAUGAAAGCCUCUGAAGUUAAGUCAAAAGAUGUUGAAGGAUCAUCAAUGAAAUUUAAAUUGUCAGCUUUGAAGAUGCCUAAAUUUGGAGCGGCUACUUACGAUGUAACUGUGGAAGCACCCAAUGCAGAAAAAGUAGCUGAAACCGAUGUAGUUAAACUUAAGGAGGAUGUUACUGUCGACAUCAAAGGUCUGAGCUCUGAUAUUAAAUCAGAUGUACAUCCGGCAGCAAUAACAGAUUCUGAAACACCAAAGAUUGAGACUGACGCCGUGGGUCUUGGCUCGCCAAGUAAAUUCAAACUACCAUCCUUCAAAAUGCCAAAGUUGAGUUUCUCAAGAAACAACCCUGAAGAUGAACAUGUCCCUGUUCACAUUGAAAGCAAAGAAGAUCAACAAGAAAUGAAAGUUGAGCCAAAAGAAGAGCGCAAAUCACCAAAAGUGACUUUUGCUUUGAGUGAGGUCCUCAAGAAUGUAGACGUCGAAUAUGAUGUUCCGAAAACAUCAGAAAAUCUUGAGACCUCAAAGGAAGUUCAUGAAACUGAUGAGCCCAGCGGGAAGCGAGAAGAGACCAGGGGAAAAGUAACCAAGCAAGACCCUGCUAAAAGUCCAGAGAAAACCGGCUGGUUUAAAUUCCCCAAGUUUGGCCUUUCCUCCCCAUCAGAACCUGCCAGGACUUCUGAAAGAGAUAAAAAGAGCCCGGAAGGGGAAACAUUGGAUGAGGAAAUAAGCCCCACCUGUUCUGUGCAGUCAUCAGACGCCUUCGCUGAUAUCAGCUCUGCGAUGACAAGCGAGCACGUCGGCCUAUCCUCAUCUUCUCCGACCAAAGUCACCGUCAAGUACUCGGACCCCGACACUACCGCACGGCUAAGAGAGACGCACGGUAACAUCAUCACUUCCACCGCCAGGGCUGAGCUGAUAUCGGUUGAGCCCAACUUGCCUGAGAAAAUCACCAUUCUGUCGUCUGGAGUUUCGUCCUCGUCGGAGGACACGCUCAGACUGAAAUCCGGAAACAUUCACGUCAUUACGUCGAAUAUUCAAGCCACACCGGAGGCGCAGCGUGCCAAACUCCUGACUGCAGUCCAAAUGCAAUCAGCGGGAGGCCUUCCCAGAGGACAUGGGCCCGACGAAGGUCCACCACGGGCCACCGAGGGUUCACACGGCGGCAAGAAAACGGUCUUUGAGAGGCAUUUCGUCACAGAAACAUCAUGUGAAACAAGCAAAAGCAAAGAAACAAUUGUCAUUACGAAACAAAUCACACGUAGGUUCGACUCCCCUGAGCCCAUCUCAGGCGAGACGGCUUCGUCCGUUCAGCGACUGAGAGACUCGGUGCACUCUGACAAAAUGAGGUUCUUCGACGGUGCCACCGAGUGAAAUAAAUGUUGCCUAAAUCACGUGUGAAGAUACAGUCCGUCACGAUCCAGCAUUAGUGCCGCUGUGACAGAAAGUCAGUUUAAAAACCGGAAAAGGUUGUUAGGGUAUAAUUUACCCUUAGGGUCGGAAGAUCACAGGAGUCUGGGGUUAACUUGUCGUCGACCAAAGAGACAGCUUCAUGCUACUCACUGACAAGUCGUUGAUAGGCGGUGUGACUGGGUCCCUUACAGCAACUUACAACAGGACUUAUAUAGAACACACAAUACCCUCACUUAUUGUGGUACAGGACAACAGUAAGUCAUGUCUACUGUUCAUCAAAACUUAUAUUAUACUUAUAUUAUACUUCCAUAAUUUUUUAUGUGCAACAAUGAUCCAAAUUACUACUUAUUCAUUAGAUGAUAAUCACCAGUGCAUUUGAUUGAAAAAUAUUUAGUUUAUCUGAAUAUGAUUGUCUCCAAAAGCGUUGAAUGUUAAAGGCUUACAUUCCGAAAUAUGUUUACAAUGAUUUCACUAUAAAGUUCACAGUAAAGACAACCUAAAAAACUAUAGUGCAGUAUGUGAUGGAUAAAUGAAUGUGUAAAUGUAUCACUGAGAUAUUCUUGUUGCUGAAGCUAAAAUGUAAAGAAACAAUAACAAUGUUAUAAUGAAAAUGCUUGGGAUCAAACACAGCGUACUGCUUAGUACUGCUUAGUACUAAGUGUACUGCUGCAACUAUAUAUUUUGUAUUCACGUUUUGCUUAAAACCUAAUUUGCUACAGGAAGAAUAUAUUAACAGUUUGUUCUCUUAUAAUAUAUCAAUGUACAAAGUGGGCUAAUUAAACUGGCUGUGUAAAUAGCUUUUAAUGAUCUCUGAAGUUACAUAUUGAUUACUGCUCCUCUGAUGCAUUGUGUUUGCAAAUUAAUGCAAAAUAAAUCAUAUCGGUUAUCUUG